AUGGAGGCCCUGAAGGAGAGGGAGGAAGUGGAGCAGAGAGUAGAACAGCUGAAGGCUUUGGCCAUCAGUGAUGAUCUUCAGGACGUGGAGGCGAAGGUGUCUGUGGAGCAAGUCUGUGUCCCGAGUGAUGUACCUGAUUUUGACUGGAGCUCCAUUGACACAUCCCAGUUACCAUCGUCAUAUAAGAGAAAUUCUCGGGAGGAGAAGAAGCUGCUGAAAAUCGCCGACCGCUUCCAGCAGCAGUACUCUCAACUCUGCCCUGCCCACCUCCACCCCGUCAACGAGUGUGGCGUGAAGAAGUUUGUGAGCACAACGCUGAGGCCGACCGUCCUGCCGUAUGCAGACCUGUACCCGUGGGAUGGCUGUGCCAGCUUCGUGUCUGAUUUCCUGACCAUGGAGCCACUCAAGUCCCCUGUCGCACUGCCCAGUUCACUCUAUUCCCCAACCACCAUCGUGAAGUACCAGCGAGGGAACUGCUUUGACUUCAGCGUGCUGCUGUGCUCUUUGCUCCUCGGGGUCGGGCAUGAUGCCUACUGCGUUCACGGGUAUGCCACCCGUGAAAUUUGCCAGCUGGACCAGACUCUGGAGCUCUGCCCACUGCUCAAGAAGCCACAGGAGGUACCAAAAGAAGAGAAGGAGCAGCCCAAGAAGUACCGAGUUAAGCCCCGACCAGAGCUGUGGAGCAAGUUUCAGCGUCUUUCUGCUGCCUUGUUGAAGACAGCAGAAACUGAAACUGCUCAAAAGGACAACGAAAGAGAAGAGGAGAAGAUCAUGGAAUCGGAAAAGCCCAAGCAUGACCCUCUGCAUGGCUUACGGGUGCAUGCCUGGGUUUUGAUUCUGGCUGGGCAGAGGGAGGCCUUCUUCAUCGACCCCUUCACGGGAAACAGGCACAGCACCGCGGACAAGCGCUUCCUUGGGAUCGAGAGCGUGUGGAACCACAAGAACUACUGGGUGAACAUGCAGGACUGCCGUAACGGCUGCAAGGAUCUCAGCUUUGACUUGAGGGACGCCAUCCGCUGGGAGAUUGUGCUUCCAGAGAGCAGCGAGCUGCUUCAGCUGCUCCCAGAUGCUGAGGAGGACAAAGAGUUAUCUGAGAGGGCCAUGAAGCAUUAUAUGGUGAGUGAGCCAACAAAGAUGGACAUGAGUUUUGACAUGCCACGAUCGUGGGUAGCCCCAAUUGAGAUAUCUCGCAGAGAGUUUGAGACCCGCUAUGCCCAGGGGAGGAAGGUGAGCCUGUACAGGAAAGCCAAGCUGGAGAAAUGGGCACCGCACCUGCAUGGAGAUGGGCUGGUGAAACGCCUCACUGUCUACGCAGACGUGGACUGUAUGGAAGUAGUGGAGGUGAGGGAGUGGUUCAAAAACCGAGAAGACAAGUUGGAUAUGAGAGAAGUGAAUGAACAAACACAGCUGACCACAGAGUACUUCAGCCCAGGACACGUCCUCGGUCUUAAAGCUCACACCUAUAAGUCGCUGGCAGCAGAGACUGAGCGCACGGUGGAGUUUUACAAGGGGCGAGUCGAUGACCUCCGGAAACGUGUCGAAAAGGCCAACGAGAUGGCCGAGUACUUCGUGAAACCCCAUGACCUUCUGCACACCCGGCACGUGGAGUUUGGCGACAGAGGAGAGAAAACAGCCUUGGCUGGCGCCGGAAGUGACAUGAGCUCCCGGCCUAUCGUGCAAAUCAAGGAGUGUUUCCACAGAAACCCAGACAAGCCUGCUGAUGACGAUGUAGCAGAACGUAUCUUUCUGAUCGCAGAGGGGUCGAUCCAUCUGACGUAUCACUACAAAGAUAAUUACAUCACUGCCUCCAAGACGGAUUUUUAUAAAGUGCCGGAGGACAGUAGGAAAGGAAAGGAAAUUGCCAGGACACUAGAAACGUGCAGCGUCUACCAGGCGGGGUUCCCGGAGAAACGCAGGAAUCUGCUCCACCUGCAGAAAGUGCUGCAGAACCUGAUAGAGGAGCAGAAGCGGCUGAAGCAACAAGUGCGGCAGUCUGAAGCAGAG